AGAGAGAGAGAGAGAGGCGUAUACACCCAAAGCUUCUAAAAAUGAUGAUGAUCGGACGAUCACCCCAUCACUCACAUCCGACCGUCCAAGUCCCUCCUUGGGACAUCAUGGAUGAUCCAACAGUUGAUAUUCACUCCCCAUUUUCCAACAUAUCCACUAGUCCUGAUUCUGGUUACGACGCUUUAACGGCGUUGCAGCGUUACCUUCCGUCAAAUGCAAACGACGUUAUGUUCGAUUCUGAUGGUUUAGACAUUCCAGUGGACGCGUUCUCAUGUGAUAAUUUCCGUAUGUAUGAGUUUAAAGUGAGGAAAUGCGCACGUGGAAGGUCACAUGACUGGACGGAAUGUCCGUAUGCACAUCCCGGUGAGAAGGCUCGUCGGAGGGACCCACGUAAGUAUCAUUAUUCUGGCACUUCUUGUCCUGAUUUCCGUAAAGGGAACUGUAAGAAAGGUGAUGCAUGUGAGUACGCACACGGCGUAUUCGAGUGUUGGCUGCACCCUGCUCGCUAUCGUACGCAGCCUUGUAAGGAUGGGACCCACUGUCGCCGGCGCGUGUGCUUCUUCGCUCACACGCCUGAGCAGCUGCGCGUCCUCCCACAGAACAACAGUCCACGUGGCCAUGCUGCCGAGUCAUCUGACGGCUCUCCUACUCGACUAGGGUUUGACUCUCCGUUUGACUCCCCUCCGGUGACGCCACGCGGCGUUAACGGACUGGCUGAGUCGAUGCGUAAUAUGCAGAUUGGGAUGGCGAGGGGUAUGAGUAUGAAUAGCAGUCCUAACCCUACAUGGGCCGGCUUUGGUUCACCAAGGAGCCCAUCCAUGCUCCGACCCGGGUUUAUGAGCCUACCAACAACUCCGACCCGGAACCCGACCCGAUCUGGGGUUGCGGUGUUUGAUCAGUGGGAGAAGAAUUACGAAGAAGAGCCAGCAAUGGAAAGGGUGGAAUCUGGGAGGGAUCUAAGGGCCAGGAUUUAUGCAAAACUCAGUAUGGAAAACUCUCUUGAUUCGGGUGCUCCGGAUGUUGGAUGGGUAUCCGAAUUAGUGAAGUGAUUCGGGUCGGAUCUGAGGCCUCUUUGACUUUUGUAAAGACAUGGUCAUUUACUGAAGAUUAUUGGUGUAAAUAUAGUCCGAGAUGGAGAGAUUAAGAUUAGCCUUGUAAUCUCUAUUUUGUGUUUUUGCUUAUUUUGGGUAUUUUGAUAACGGGGGUAAAAAAAAAAAAAAAAAGAGGAAAAUUGGUGGAGUUUUGAAUAUUUUGUACAUGAGAAAAAAAGAUCUAGAACAAUGGAUCUUUCUUUAAUUGCAGGGGCUUCAGAUGUAUAAGAUUUUAUCGAUUUGUAUCUCA